AUGGAGGCGGCUCUAGUGAGUGCGGCGACGGGGGUCCUCAAACCUGUCUUGGGGAAGCUGGCAGCCUUGCUCGGCGACGAGUACAAACGUUUCAAGGGUGUGCAUAAGGAGAUCAAGUCCCUCACUCACGAGCUUGCCGCCAUGGAGGCUUUUCUCCUCAAGAUGUCCGAGGUGGAAAAUCCCAAUGUACAGGAUAAAGUCUGGAUGAAUGAGGUGCGGGAGUUGUCUUAUGACAUGGAGGAUGCCAUUGAUGACUUCAUGCAAAGUAUCUAUGACAAAGAUGAAAAGCCAGAUGGCUUCAUUGGGAAGAUCAAGAGCUCACUGGGAAAGUUGGGAAAGAUGAAGGCUCGUCAUCGGAUUGGCAAGGAGAUCCAAAAUCUUAAGAAACAGAUCACUGAGGUGGGUGAAAGAAAUUCUAGGUAUAUGACUGGUGUGGCUAUCUCCAACACCAGGAAUGCAACUGUUGACCUUCGAGCUCUUUCUAUGCUUGAGAACGCCUCAAAACUUGUGGGAAUUGAUGAACCAAAGGCUGAGAUAAUCAAACUGCUGACCGAAGGUGAAUCAACAAAUGAGCAACCUAAACUGGUCUCCAUCGUAGGAGCUGGUGGAAUGGGUAAGACAACUCUUGCAAACCAAGUCUAUCAAGACCUCAAAGAAAAAUUCGAAUGCCAAGCCUUCCUGUCUGUGUCACGAAAUCCAGACAUGAUUAAUAUCCUGAGAAUUAUUCUUAGCGAAGUCAGUGGUCAAGAUUAUGCUACCACUGAAGCAGGGAAUAUACAACAACUCAUCAUCAAAAUCACAAAUUUCCUAGCAAACAAAAGGUAUUUUGUUGUCGUUGAUGAUAUAUGGGACAUGCAUACAUGGGAUGUUAUUAAGCGCACAUUCCCCAUGACAAGUUCUGGCAGUAUCGUAAUCACCACUACUCGUAUACAUGAUGUUGCCAAAUCAUGUCAUUCAUCAUUUAGUGGGCACAUUUAUAGUAUAAGGCCCCUUAACCCGGUGCAUUCAAAAGAACUAUUUCAUGGAAGGCUGUUCAACUCUAAAGAAGAUCUCCCUUUACACCUCGAAAAAGUUUCUGAUGAAAUUUUGAAAAAAUGUGAUGGAUUACCUCUGGCAAUCAUUGCUAUAUCUGGUUUGUUGGCUAAUAGAGAGAGAACAGAGGAUGUAUGGAAGCAAGUGAAAGAUUCAAUUGGGUGUGCACUUGAAAGAAAUCCUAGCGUUGAAGUAAUGAUGAAGAUACUGUCUCUUAGUUACUUUGAUCUGCCUCCUUAUCUAAAGACAUGUCUCUUAUAUUUCAGUAUAUUUCCGGAAGAUUCUUUUAUUGAGAUGCAAAGUUUGAUAAUGAGGUGGAUAGGUGAAGAAUUCAUUCAUAAAGAAGGAAGAUAUACGGCGCAAGAGAUAGGAGAACGGUGUUUUAAUGAGCUCCUCAAUAGGGGUUUGAUUCAACCCGGGGAGACAAAUGAAUAUGGCGAGGUGAAGAGUUGUCGUGUUCACGACAUAAUUCUUGAUUUCAUCGUAUCCAAGUCUAUAGAAGAAAACUUUGUUACUAUAUUAAGUGUUACCACUAUGGCAGUGAGGACACAAAGCAAAGUCGUCCGGCGAUUCUCUCUACAAGGAAUCGAGGAACAAAAUUCAACAAUAUCGAAAGCAGGUCUGGUGUUGUCCCAUGUCCGGUCACUUAAUGUGUUUGAAGGUUUUGUGGAAAUCCCUUCUUUGGGGGAGUUCAGACAUCUGCGUGUUUUCCACUUUGAUAGCUACAUGCCACUGGAAGACCAUCAUCUUGAAAAUAUAGUGAGGUUGAUGCAGCUUAGGUACCUGAACCUCCAAGGUACAAAAAUAAGUGAGCUCCCAGAACAAAUCGGGAGUUUAGGGUGCUUAGAAAUACUUAACCUAAGAUUCAAUCAUGUGAGGGAAUUACCUGCAUCUAUUGUUAAGCUUGAAAAAUUAUCACAUCUACUCGUUGAUGAUUAUGUUAAAUUUCCUGAUGGGGUCGCAAAGAUGCAAGCACUAGAGACGCUAGAAGAUGUGAGGGCCUCCAUUCAACCAUUUGACUUCCUGUGCGGACUUGGCCAGCUAAAGAAUUUGAGGAGACUGCAGCUUGACCUUAUUGUGGUUUGGGAGGACUGCAACAAGGCUAUCGCCUCUUCACUGUGUAAGCUAGGCACCCAGAAUCUCCGCUCCCUAACUAUUUAUAAAGGGAGUAGCCUCUUACACGAACCUUUGUAUCUGCCUAUGCUCGAGAAACUUAUGACAUGGUUUUCAGUCGUCCCUGAGGUUCCGAAAUGGGUGAGUUCCCUCAGAAACCUCCAACUGCUACGUCUUGAAGUGGAUGUAGUCAAGCAGGAUGAUAUCUGCAUCCUUGGUGCCUUACCCACUCUGCUCAUUCUGCAUCUGAUUGACGUAACGAAUUCAAAUGAAAAGCUCAGAAUCAGUGGUGUAGAUGGGUUCAAAUUCUUGAGGAUUUUUAUGUAUGUUACAAAUUCUCAUAAGCUAGAUCUGAUGUUUGCAGCAGGAUCCAUGCCCAAGCUAGAAAAACUCGAUCUUAGUUGUUUGCACAUACUUGAAGCUAACUAUUUGGACUUUGGAAUCGAGAACCUCCUCUGCCUCAUCACUGUAAAAUUUGUAGCAUAUGGCAGGCUUGAGGGCGUUAUUGGAGCCAUAAAGACUGCCUUGGAGAGAGCAGCCAACACACAUUCCAACCACCCUAGUGUACUCUUUGAGAGAAUUCAAUAA